GCUUCAGAGGGAAGAAGGGCACCUAUCAACGUAUUUUACAAUCCUUCUCUCAGACGCUUGACAGCAAGGAGCACAGAGGCUCAAACAAUGAAAAGCGCUCACUCUUUGGCGGGAGUCCUGCUCCUCAUUGUGAUCCAAAGCAGCUGGCAGAUGCCUGACCAGGACACAGACCGAAACCCCAUCAUUUCUAGUCUAUUGGCUGAAAAUACAAUGCUGGCCGAACCCAUUGAGCUCCCAAACAUGAAGAGACAUUCGGAGGGAACAUUUUCCAACGACUACAGUAAAUAUCUGGAGACAAGAAGAGCACAAGACUUUGUCCAGUGGCUAAAGAACUCAAAAAGGAACGGGAGCCUGUUUAGACGCCAUGCAGACGGCACUUACACCAGUGAUGUAAGCUCGUACCUGCAGGACCAAGCAGUCAAAGAGUUUGUGUCCUGGCUGAAGACCGGCCGAGGCAGAAGAGAGUAAACUCAACCAACAGCUCCCUAAAUAAUACAACGAUUCACACUGACUCUGUGCUAUUAUAUGUUUCACAAUCUGUACUAGACUUUUUUCCUGGUCAUUCUAUUAAAUUCCCCUAAUAAUAAGCUCUGUCGGCCUUCGGUGGUUGAAGGAAAUGUUGUCAAAAUGCAAAAGGAACAGAAUGUUUGAAAUGAGUCUCAUUCAUAAAUGCUGUGUGAUUAUUUUUUUUAUCAAUCAUUCACA